CCGGCUGUGCAACAACUCUCCGACCCAUCUAGUCAAUAUUUGUGUCCAUUUAAGAUAAAAAUCGAUUCUUCGAAAAUGCGUGUGAUCAGUUUGUGUAUCGUUAGCUUAUUCGUCUGUCUUUCGCGUGCCAUCCCGACCGAAAUCAAAAAGAGACGCUCGAAACAUGUGAAAUUCGUUCCCGAAUACGAUCGAACGAGUUGUUACCCAUUCGGGUUAUGCAACGAAACGGCGGCAUAUCCCGAAGAGCACAUCGAGAAGUUGGUGAAAAAGAUCAAGAACAAGAAGCUGCUGCAGCUGUUCAACGAGUCGCUAGUCGAGUCGUUGGAGAAGGUGCCCAAGACGGAAUUUCGCGAGCCGAGCCUAACCGAGAACCUCUGCAGGACGAAGAGGGUUAGCGUCUUACCGAAGACAGCGAAAACCGUGGACAACAAGCUCCGUUUCGUUGUGAACGUGCAAGGACUCAGCCAGAGUCUGAUCUAUGAAACAUGCGUAGACGAGGGUGCUGAUUGCAUCGACAACAAGAUGUUCCCUUACAACUUCCAGACCGUCUGCAAGCAAAAGUACAGCGUAGUCAGACUGAUGUCGGUCAACGAGACCGGCAAAUUGGAAUAUGGCAGGUUCCUGGUGCCCAGCACCUGCGCCUGUCACAAGGUGGUGCUCAGCGAAGAGCUGCAGUUGUUAAACACUUAA